UGACGAAUUUACAACAAUAACCCAGAAGGUCAGAGAUCUUCCCAAACGUCAGAACAAAAACCCCUUUUCAUCGAUAACCCUCCCACAGGCCACAGCAAAGAUUCUCUUCUUCAUCUCAUCUCCUUUCCUUUGACUCCUUCCCGCCAAAAAACCUCCCGCUCGCCCUUUUUUUACUGUCUGUCUCUCCAGUCUCCACUAGUUUUACUGUCCCCGCCACAGUCCACACUCCAUACACGCACGCACACUGACCAGAGAGAGAGAGAGAGAGAGCAAGAUCGAGAGAGAUGAAGGAGGCCACAUCCAAGUUGGUUAUGGGGGCGACACUGGUAAUGGUGGUGAGCCUGGCCAUAGUGUUAGCCUUGGUCCUGCUUUUGCUGGCGGAGCUCUACUGCUCUCUUCUGCUACGCAAGCGUCGUCUCCGAAUGGCCAUGGAUGCUACCGCCGAUAUUGCCUCCUCUCCUUCUCUGUGCCUCGAACGACAAGACCCAUCAGCCCCUCCCCUCAAUAGUUUCUACACUCAUGGCGUUCUUCGUGCUCCCAGAAGCUUUCUCUUCCCUGCCAUUUCCGGAAAAGAAGAUGACAACGUAGAAGUAGCAGUAAACAAGCAGUUCCCAGCGACGUCAAAGCAAGUCUCCGACACACGAGCCCAAGAAACAGACAGCAACCAGCAUUGCGUCAGCCUUCUCUCCGCGCCAUCUCCUUCUAUCUCAUUUACAUCAAUCGGUUCACCUCGGCCAAUAGCGGAAGUGGAGCUCGAAGGCAGCAGUGGUGGUGUUGGUGUUGGUGAAGGUGGAGGCUUCUGCGGCGGUAGUGGCGGUGAGAAUUUUGUUUACAUCUCGAAUCCCAUUUACGACAACGAUGCUUGCAGGCCCGACGGAGUCGGCACCCCGUUCGAAACGCCCGAUACAUCACCUUCCCGUCUAGAAGCCGAUGGCUCGUCUGGCGAGGACGACAAGGCCGAACCGUCCCCAUCUAGUCCCUCGCCACUGCCAAUGACCCCUCCACUGACUCCGAUGAAGAAGCUUCCGGCGGAGGCAUGUUCUGUCUCACUGAGGGACGUGCGGUCUCUCGGAACUUCAGGGAGCGGUUCAGACACUAACAAUGGUCCAUCGUCAUCGUCCUCGGGGUCUCCUUGCACGUCUCCUUCAUGGUGAUUACUAGUAGUGCUCCAAGCACGAGACGAGCAGAUGAGCCAACUUGGAUUUUUGUUCCUUGUGCAUACUUUCUUUCUCGUUUUUGUUUGAUUUAUUUAUUUCAGCCAAUCUUCCUCCUGUAUCAAUAUUGUAAUGAGAGAGAUGGAGAGAAGCAGAAAAAGAGAAGAAGCCAAGAGCCAAGGUUGCGCGUGACCCAGAGCUCGUGAAACCAAGCCACGCCUAACCUCCCUUUGUUUCUUCUAUCCAUCCCUCCUCCCUCUCUCUGUUUGUCGCAGAUUUUCUUCUUUUCUGUUUUUAUUUAUUUACUUGUUUGGAUGUAGUUGGAAGGAAGAGCAUUCAGCAUUGUGAUGGUAGAAAGUAGAAAGUAGAAACCGAGCUUUUCGUUUUGGGAUUGCGAGGAUGCAUGUGGGAUGGACUGGGAAAAGGCUUUUACUCUUUCACUGUUCACCCUUUGCUGCUGCUAAUAAGAAAAGAGAAAAGCUAGAAAGGAUUGAAGUUGAAGGAAGACAAGUGCCAUAUCUUGGCUUUUUUA